AUGGUACGAAGCAUCAUCGGCAUGGCCAGGAAGGUCAAGACGGAGCAAUUGUCACACGAGCUUUCAAAGUUCUCGUCGGACAGUGAAAGUGACAGUCAUACCCAAAACACCGACGAGAGCGGGGUUACAAAGCAGACCAACGAUGACGACGACGACGACGACGACGAAGACGGCGAUGACGAUGGCGAUGACGAUGAUGACGAUGAUGAUGAUGACGAUAGCAACAGCGAAAGAGAAAGCGAAGUCAAGGAAGUCAAGCCCAUGGCCAAAAAGAAAGUCAAGGCAACCCCGACCAAGGUGGAGAAGCCCAAGAAAGAGCUCAAAGAUUACAAGGGAUUGGCAAAGAAGUCAAAGGCUCUGGAGAAGGUUCAGUCCAUGGACCUGAGCUCCUCAGUUAAGAGCUCGCCCAAGAAGACGCCCAAGAAGACUGACAGCAAGUCUGACAGUAAGUCAGCCACACCUCUCAAACUCAAGGCCGUGCCUUCCAACUACUUCAGCGCCGAUUACAAGUCGCCCAAACUAUCGUCGUCCAAGAGCACUCCCAAAUCCGCGCUCAAGAACAAGGGCCUCGGAUCCGUCCCCGUCAUCCCACACCAGAGGAAGAAUUGCGUGAGAAUAACCAUGCUCAAGUCCAACCCCGAUGGAACCCAGGAAACCUUCGUUUUCGGCUCGGUGCCCCGAGACAUUCUUAUCAGCCAGCUCAUUUUCAACCUGCCCGAAAGCUGGAACACGCGUAGAAGCGAUGUCUACUCGGUCAAGGGCGAAGUGAUUGAGGACCUGGAGACCGCCACUUUGGCCAGCUUGGGUCUCAAGGACGGAGGAGUGAUUGAUGCUGUGAGCCGAGGAACCAGCGGUUAA